AAGUACUUGGGUCCAUUCUCCGGCGAGCCACCGAGCUAUCUUACCGGAGAGUUUCCCGGAGACUACGGAUGGGACACCGCCGGUCUCUCAGCCGAUCCCGAGACGUUCGCAAGGAACCGUGAGCUAGAAGUUAUCCACUGCAGAUGGGCCAUGCUCGGAGCCCUAGGCUGCGUCUUCCCGGAGCUGUUGGCCAGGAACGGUGUCAAGUUCGGAGAGGCGGUUUGGUUCAAGGCCGGUUCGCAGAUCUUCAGCGAAGGAGGGCUUGAUUACUUGGGAAACCCUAGCUUGGUUCAUGCUCAGAGCAUCUUGGCUAUUUGGGCUACUCAAGUGAUCUUGAUGGGAGCCGUUGAAGGUUACAGAGUCGCGGGUGAUGGGCCGUUGGGAGAGGCCGAGGACUUGCUUUACCCAGGUGGCAGCUUUGACCCGUUGGGUUUGGCUACCGACCCAGAGGCCUUUGCGGAGUUGAAGGUGAAGGAGAUCAAGAACGGAAGAUUGGCUAUGUUCUCUAUGUUUGGAUUCUUUGUUCAAGCUAUUGUCACUGGUAAGGGACCUUUGGAGAAUCUUGCUGACCAUUUGGCUGAUCCAGUCAACAACAAUGCAUGGGCUUUUGCUACCAACUUUGUUCCCGGAAAGUGAGCAAAGUUUUUAUCUGUAAUUUGCUUCAGUAUUUGCUUUGUGUUAAGGGGAGAAAGAGAUGUUGUUUAGAUGUAAAAUUUGCAAGUAUUUGUAUGAUUUACCAUUUAAUCAAAUAACUCUUUGUCUUA